GUGUAUGUACGUACAACUUGAGCAUAUCCAUUGAUAAGAGAGGUACUCCAGCUAGGGACCAGGGGCGCGGUACGGUCGAGCGAUCAGGAAAAGUCGUCUCCUUUUAUGAUAUCUGAAGAAUUUAGUUUUCGGUACAUGUCAUCAGCAGGUUUCGUAAUCAGAGUGAGACCCAGACUCGACUAAAAUCUGCAGCUGCUUGUCUGAAGGGAGAAAUUUGGCGACUUUACCGUGCAGUAGAUCAACUUGCUGAGCUUCAAUCAUGUCGUCAUGUUGCAAAGGUAAAGGCCCUGGGUACAAGAGCCCUCAAGAUGCAAUGAAGGGACCAAAGGAAGAGAUCAUCUAUCUGCCUUGCAUCUAUCGCAACACAGAAGUCAAGAAACCAGACUACCUGGCUACGGUUGAUGUCGAUCCACGCUCCACAACUUACUGCAAGGUGAUUCAUCGUCUUCCCAUGCCCAACAUUGACGAUGAGCUUCAUCACAGUGGCUGGAAUACCUGCAGCAGUUGCUAUGGCGAUGGGAACAUGACGCGGAAUCGUCUCAUCCUGCCCUCGCUGUUCUCAUCUCGCAUCUACGUGAUCGAUGUUGGGACUACACCUCGCAAACCGCGCAUACACAAGGUUGUUGAGCCUGAGGAAGUUGGAUCUGUAGCUGGCCUGACGACCCCACACACCACCCACUGCCUGGCAGAUGGCCAAAUCAUGAUCAGCGCUAUGGGGGAUGCUAAACGCCCUGGAGAGGCUAAAGGUGGGUUUAUCAUCCUGGAUGGUAAGGAGUUUUCUGUCGUUGGUCACUGGGAGAAGGAAGGGCACAGCUCACCCUUUGGAUAUGACUUCUGGUAUCAGCCGUACCAUAACGUCAUGAUCAGCACCGAGUGGGGUGCUCCGAAGGCGUUCUUGAAGGGAUUCGACCCUGCCGACUAUGCUAAUGGAUUAUACGGCCACAGUCUCAAUGUCUAUGACUGGGAAAACCACACCCUGCUGCAAAACAUUGACAUGGGGAUAGAUGAGGGCGCCAUUCCCUUGGAGAUUCGGUUUCUUCACAAUCCCCUGGCAACAGAGGGAUUUGUUGGUUGUGCACUGAGCUCCAACGUGUUCCGCUUCUUUAAGACUAGCAAUGGUGACUGGGCGGUGGAGAAAGUGAUUGACGUGGCCCCUAAGAAGGUGGACGGAUGGGCGUUGCCUGAUAUGCCAGGUUUGAUCACAGAUAUCCUUCUGUCCAUGGACGACCGGUUUGUCUACUUCAGUAAUUGGUUCCAUGGUGACAUCCGACAGUACGACAUCAGCGAUACCCGCAACCCCAAACUUGUGGGCCAGAUAUUCUUGGGCGGUUUGGUGUGCACUGACUCCACAGUGAAAGUGACCGAUGACAAGGAAUUGACCAAACAGCCAGACCCGCUGUACAUGGGGGGCAAACGGAUCAAUGGCGGGCCUCAGAUGAUACAACUCAGUCUGGACGGCAAAAGACUCUACGUCACUACGUCCCUGUACAGUGGUUGGGAUAAGCAGUUCUAUCCCGACAUGUGCGAAACUGGUUCAGUGAUGAUGCAGGUUGACGUCAACACCGACGUGGGAGGCCUGACGCUCAACAAAGAAUUCCUGGUGGAUUUUGGCGACGAGCCAGACGGUCCAGCCCUCGCUCAUGAGAUACGCUAUCCGGGGGGAGAUUGCACAUCCGACAUCUUCCUUGCUUCAACUGCCAAUCUGUAGAGUCUCACCAUUUUGGCAUUUGAGAAGAAAAUGAUGACAUAUGAACAGUGUUUACCGUGGUGUAGCCAAGUCCAUCACAAGUCCAGACACAAGUAAAUCACAUGUCCGAUUGUAAGGUAACAGUAUCGAAGCAAUGCCUUUAUCACAGCUCAUAUGAAUAGCUUGUGACUUGACUUGAGACUGAAGGACUUGUGAGGACUUGCUGGACAAAAAAAUUAUAUUUGGUGGAGGGGUUAAAAUUGAAAGUAUACCGACAAAUAAUUGAUAGAGAUAAGCAUAUAUUUUUCCUAAUCAAAAUACUGAAAUUUCGAAUGAAAUGUAAGAAUGAUAACUUAAGAAUUGUUCUUUGAGUUUGAAGCUGAAAGGUGGUGGGGCUUAAGAGCAGAGAAAGCGAGAAAAUUUGCCAGAAAAUGUGUGAUUUUGGAACAGCAGGAAUAAAAAUUUGAAAGGCACGGUAAACACAAAGCGAAACGGAAUUUGAGGAAGUUUUGUAAAACAAAUAAUGAGGGAGGGUGUAAAUUUCAGCCCUGACUGCAGCUGCUGUUUUCUAACUUUAAUACUAAUUGUUAAUUUUUUUUAUGAACUGAGAGAUUUCUAAUUAAGAGUGAUAUUGCAUUGGCUUGAUGUACCUGCAGCUGCCUCUGUGCUUCAACACAUACACUUUUAUUUUUAAAAUUUAUACCACUGCAGUUGAUGUUUAAAUAAAACUUGGUAUAGAUAGCUUUUUGGCUUCUCCUUAAUUAUAUACUCUUCAGAUUUUUUUAAAACGCUUCUAAGCAUAUUUUUUCAGGGUAUAUUAAUUAAAUUUGAACAUUUGGAUGAAAUAUGGUAAAUUUCUUCUUAUGUAAUUUCUUUUAGUACUCAGAUUUUGUUUGAAUAUUAAUUUUAUAUUAAUUAAAUUUGAACAUUUGGAUGAAAUAUGGUAAAUUUCUUAUGUAAUUUCUUUUAGUACUCAGAUUUUGUUUGAAGCUUUUAAAGCAAUUUAUUUAGCAAAUAGUAUAGUAUUCAGUUGAUGCAGCUGGAUAAAAAUAGAGCAAUUUAUUUUGCGGCGAUGGUAGAAAUAUGUUUGUUACAUUGAGGCACUGCUGGAAAAAUUCUUGAACUUGAUUAUGAAAAGUAAGAUCGACAAACUGGGGGGGAGGGGAGGGGGGGAUUUGGUUCCGUGGUGACAUUUUUCGAAUUCUUUUUGAAAAUUUUAAGUGCGAUCACCUAUUUACGAUAAAUUUUCCGAAUACAAGUUUGGACCCUUUUUUUCAGAAAAGUAAGAAAACAUCUCAUAUUGCACCCCAACUCAAACCCAGGAUAAUGGUUUUGUAGUGUUUUGAUCCACACUGUACUCUUGAAACCUGACCAGAAGGACUGAAGUUAUAAACAUGUAAACAACAAUUUCAAUAAAUUUCCAUUCAGUGUGUGCUGAAUUAGUUGUUUGUGAGCUUUAUAAUAUAUUCAUUUAUACAAUUUGAUUUGAAAAAUCAUGAGUUAUUAAAAUGUAUAUGCUUGCAAAGUA